AUGCUACAUAUGGACUUUGUGAGACAAACAUUUUCUACCAAUACGGAAUAUCAAGAGAAUUAUUCAAAAAAAGGAGAAAAAAUUCCUGUGGCUAUGGUUGUGGCAAGCAGUGGUUGGGUGCAAAAUGCCAAUUUUACGAAUCAAAAUGAUAACAACAUGAGUACAGAGAGUGAACCUAACAAGAUGAGCGCCAAAGGUAUGCUAAUAUGCCGUGAUAAUUCUCAUGCAUUUGAGGAUAGGACACUUGUUUUGGAUUUACCUGUGAAAAUUGGCAGAUCGGUGGCACGUGGACGUGCUGCACCAGACAAUGCAAUAUUUGAUUGUAAAGUCUUAUCGCGUAAUCAUGCAUUACUGUGGUACAAUGGUGGAAAAUUUUAUCUCCAAGAUACUCGAAGCAGCAAUGGAACAUUUAUCAACAAUGAACGUCUCAGUUCCACUGGUAUACAAUCUAAAGCCACCGAAGUUUGUUCAGGUGAUAUUGUUCAAUUUGGUGUUGAUGUCAUGGAGAGUACGAGAAAAGUCACACAUGGAUGUAUAAUAGCCACUCUUAAGCUUUUUUUACCGGAUGGAAAAGAAGCAAAGGCUUCCAGAACAACGUACGGUAGCAGUGGAGAUGUUACCCUGGAGGAUCUCUACAAAUUGAAUCAAUAUGUUCAGGAGGCUAGUAGACGUGAGCAGGUACUCCAUUCAAAAUUGAGCUACCUACAGAAAUUGGUGGAAAAUACGAGGAAAGCAGCAAGCCAGUCCUGGAAGGCCUUGAUUGAUGAAGAUCGAUUAUUGAGCCACGUGAAAACAAUUGAAAGUCAACUUUGUGCAUAUUCAAAAAAUUUCACGGAUGACAAAAUUAGAACUGAACUUAUUAAUCUUGAGGAGCAAAAAUCUCAGUAUCAGGUUGCUGCUAAAGAAGCUUUGCAAAAAGUACAUCAGGAAAAAUUAGAAGUGACGCAGAAAUUAAUUGCUCUCGAGAGUCGUCUUAAUGAAACCGAAGAUGAAUGCCAAAGUCUUCAUGAGAUUUCAAAACAUUCACAAAUGGAAUUACAGGAAUUAGCCUCAAAGUACAGUACAGCACAAAAGAAUCUCACACAAUUGGAGGCAAAACUGGCCGAGAAGGAGCAGACGUCAACAGAACUUGUACUUUCAGCAGCCCAGGAAAAGCAGGAUCUGGUGGAAAAAGUGAUGCGUCAAUCAAAAAUUGGCCAUUCUCUUCGCCAGAAGCUCAAUAAGAAUCGAUCUGAUUCCGUUAAAAUUCACAAAGAAAUUACUAGCCUUCGAAAUUAUAUGCAAACUCUCCAAGAUAUGAAUUCAAAAUUAUCUGAGGAUUCCAAAGAUGGUCUCAAUCCAAUUGAAGCUAUUAAUACAAUAGUAGAUAUUCUCAAUGAAAUGAUUGCUGAUUCCGAGAAUAUCGAUGAUCUUGAAAAUCUUGCUGUGAGUGAGGACAAUCAAAACAAAUUCCAACAAAUUGAUUCUAACGAAAAAAUAGUCAGGAACUCCUCUGACAUUUUAUAUAAAAAGAAUGAAAUAGCAGAAACAACCAAUGAAAAUCAAAAUGAUGCUGAUUAUAUUUUGCCCCCACACUCCAGGCGGACAUUAGUGAAUGGUAAAACAAAUGUUGAUGAAAAUCAAGCUGAGAAUGAAUUAAACAGUGGAACGUGUGAUGACACAAGUAGCAUUGCCAGUGACGAUACUUGUAGUUUAAUAGGCGAUGAUUUUGAUGAAAAAUCUGUCACAGAGAUGAAACCAGUGAAGGAAAAAAUAAGUCGUGACACCAACAGAUUGGAAGUUCGAUUUGCAACUGAUCUUAAUGGAGAUCAGCUGGAGGUACACUACGACUCUGAGGAGCCUGCUGAAGAAGAUACUGCUCAGGGUGAUGAUUCAUCAGACUCUGCAGAUUCUCCAAAUACAUCAAUGUCUUCAACAACUGCUACUGAUGAGAAGGACGAGGAGAGAGGAGAUUAUGUCGAGGAGAAGGACGAUGACCUGGGAAUUGAUGAGCAAGAGGGCGAACAUCUCGACGGUGACUACGUUAAGACCCUGAAACCUUUAACCAAGAGUGAUAGCUUCUCUCAGUGUAAUCAUAAUCGUGAUCACAUUCUCCAGACAUUCAUUACAGCGUUAGAUUCCCUAGGAGGUGAUGACGACUUGGAAGCUCGACACCUUGUUAAUUAUGAGUUGAAUGAGCUGCGAGACUGGCUGAUUCGUGAACCAAAUGAACAAGUGAUUGAAAAAUUAAAAGAAAUAUAUUACCGUGUUAAGAACGAAAAUUCGAGGAUGCAGGAGGUCAAUGAGGAGCUGGUUAUUCUUAAAGAAAAAUUCAAUGUCUGCAACAUGGAGAAAUCAGAACUGACAAAGCAGUUGAAUACAUUCACAACACAUUGUGGUGAUUUGUUAAGUGCAAACUACAGUGUUCCAAUACAAUACUUUGCACCAAUUGCCAUUGCCUUCGGCUGGAUGUUAUUAGAGAAGAUGUUUUAAUGGAAAGAACACAUUAGAUUAAGAGUGUAAAUAAGAAGGAGUCUUUCGAAAUGACUAAUAUCGAUUCUGGUUUCAUUAUGAAUAAGAAAAAUAGUGAAAUUAGUGUUUACUUCUUUAUUUCGAAUGAAGAGUAAAAGUGUAGACCAUUUGAAAUUUGAUUGUAAAUUGUACAUAAUACCAUUACCAUAUAUUGUAAAAUGGGACAUUAGAAUGACCGAUUGUUUUUUUGGUGAAAAAUUCAUUAGAAUUCGGAGAGAAUAGCGCAAUGGAGAGUAGUAGACAAUACGACGGUUGGAACAAAAACUCAAUGAGCUGCCAAUGUUCAAUUAUAUCUCUAUUAAUCUUAUUAUAAUAAGUUAUUUCGUUUGAACGAUGAAGAGCUUUCAAUACAACGGACUUUCUUGUUCACCAGUGCACGACUGUCGAGCGUAAUUUGUUUUUGUUUAUUCUAUUUUACAUUACAAAAUGGCUGAUUGCCUAUGCGUAUUUUUGUGCUGGCGUCGUUCUGUUAUAUCAAAAAUACCAGAUAAAUUUCAUUUUCCAUUCAAUGUUAAUGUUUAUUUAAUUGAUUUUUCAUUAUAUUUGUUUUUUAUACGUUAGGUAAUAACUAAUCUAUGGAAAUUUACAGAAAAACGUACCAAAAUAAUUUUUUCUGAUAAUAUCUACGGGUUCGAUUUAUAUUUUUUUUACUGUUGAAAAAGACCAUCUUUUUACUCUGCCAUUCUGUUAAUCUUUGGAAAUACACAAAACGUCAUUACUAUGAAAAAUUAAAUUAAUUAUAAAAUUCGUAGCUGUUAUUCAAUGGCCAAUUGCAUAAACUAGCAACGGCCUAUUACAUUUCUUUCUUCACUGUUUUUCUAUCGCUUCUUUUUUAUACGAAACAAAAAAAAAAUUAAUCCAAAAAAUAUAAAAAUUAAAGUAAUACACGAGAACAGAAAUGUAUAGAGUCACAAAUUAUUGUAUUUUCUUAAUAAUUGAUUCGUUUACAUAGAGUGCCAUUUUUUCAAGGUCAUUGUAUUUAUUAGCUUGUUGCGUGACAAAGGCGGAUGCAGAAUGAAAAAGGGGACUACUCAUGGAAAAUAAAAAGUUGCUGAGAAUAUCUCAUUUUCCGAGUGUCUAAAACCUUCGUAAAAUCGAAAGAAAAAAAUCAUAAAUUGAAUUACAAUAGAGUAUUCAUGUAAAUACCAUUGUUGAAAUAAUAUACUCGUGUGCCACAGUCAUUAUGGAUACAAAAAUAACGGAAAAUAAAAACUGAAUAAAAAUAUAAA